AUGGAAGAUCUUCUAGCUAUAGGAAAAAAGGACAGCAUUAGGGAAGUUGAAAUGGAAGAUACUAUAAAGGAGGAACUUCCUGUAAUCACCAAGGUCAGCUUGAUCCACACUCCUAAAGAUUAUGGAAGAAAUGACAGCUCCUCCAGCUCUUCCCACACUAUUAUUGAACCUACGAAACAAGAGCCUGAAGGCCUUAAUCCUGUGCAGCAGAACUCCCAGCCAAUAGACAAUCCACAUGUCCUGCUGUUGCUGCUUCAUCAGAAGGAUCUGGAAAUCAGAGGUCUGAAAAAUGCUGCCCGGGGGUAUCCACCUGACCGGCUUGCCUGCAUUUUGCAGGAGCUUGUGAGAGCAAAACAUAAAGGACCAUUGAAGAAAAGCCAUCGUGAAGAUAUACUUCAGAAAGAGAUAGAGCAACUGAACUCUGAGCUGAAAGCUGUCAAGGAGAGACACAUGAAGGAGAUGCAAAUGUUGCAAGAGAAACUCAUGAGAUCACAAUUGCGUACCCUGCGUCUGCAGGAUGACAUGAAAAACAUGUCGCCAAAGUCAGAGAAUGAAAGCAACUCAGAGUCCAGCACAUCACUGGAUGAAGGGACAGAAUUAGCAUGUGAGAGCUUUGAGCUCUGGUCAGAGACAGGAAACAGACUAUUGUCAGAAAAGAGUGACCUGAGGCUUCGAAGAAUCCCCAAGCAUACCAGCUUUGUGGAUGCUUUUCAUACGUUUGGCAGUAUCAUAUUUUCUGAUGAGGAUAAAGAUGAGAAAGUAAUCAGUAGUACAGACUCAGGUGAAGUAAAAGAACAGAGACAUGCCAUCCCAACGCAGAGUUCACAGGAAAGCUCAAAAACAAAGGAGAGUCAAUCUGAACAAUCUUCAUGGGCUAUUCUCACCUCUCAGAAAUCAGAUUUUGUCUCAACUGUAACUGAUACCAGAACAAUGGAAUCUUCUUCUAGUCUGCCGUCAGUAAUAGAGAAAUACCAACAGGGGGGCUCAAUCGACACAAGUCACUCUGUGGAUCAAUGGAGCAUUGUUCAGUCUAGUUUUAGUCUCGGACAACCCUCAUUUGGGAAAGCACCAUGGAAGCCCAUUCCGUUCACAGAAGAAUACAAAAGGGAUUCUAACAUCACAGGCUCUCUAAAGAUCAUCAGCAUACAUCGUAAGGGCAAAUUUGUCCGAAUCCUCAACAAUUUGUUGAACAAGGAGGUAGACCUCAGUGGCUACAUCAUCCAGCAAUGGGUUGGAGGGUACCCGGUAUCUAUGUACCGCUUCCCAAAUGGCACUGUUCUGCCUGCACAGCACCACAUCACUGUGUGGGCUCCAGGGGCCAACCUUGCUCAAAAGCAACCUUCAGACACAGUCCUAUGCUCACAGGGGUUUUUCAAAGCAGGGCCAGAAUGCACUACCAUCCUCUACAAUUGCAGUGGCCAGACUUUGUCACAAUACACAGCACCCCAAAGAUACACAGCAGUUACAGAGGCCUACAGUGAUAAUGUGGACCUUUCUGUGGACAAGUUUCCACUUACUGAUGACAAGGAGGAAUUGGUUGCAUCAUCAUGGCCUUCAAAGGAAGAGCUAGCUAUGCCUGCACAAACUCUCCAGCAAGAGAUGAUGGAUAGUUCUUCCAGAGCCAUAAAGACGAGUGCAAUUUGGAAUGUCCUUCCCAAAGCAACAAAGAAGAGAAUCAGUGAUGCAAGUGAUCAGUCUUCCAUCUUGUCCUUAAAAAGCAUCAGCUACCCACUCUUGGUCAAAGAGAGCCAUUCUUCAUCCAGUGAGGACGAAUAUUUUGUAUCUCAAACAUGGAAACCUCCACUUGAAGAACCAAAAGCCAGAGAGUUCAAGACAACACUAGAUACCAUGCUUCCCAUGGUAGCUCUGAUAGGACAGAAGAGUGCCCGCUCAAAAUAUGGUUUCAAGUAUAUGACUCAUAUUCCCACCAGCACAGAUCUGCAUCUACGGCGGUACUAUUAUGGUAGUUGA